AGAGAAAGGCGAGGUUCUGUUGUCAGAUCUGUCAGUCGAGCCAGCCUGGUCCCUCCCACUGCUGUGGAGGCAUUACAUACUGCUGGUGCUCUUAGCAACCGUGCCUCAGCAACAGAGCCGCGGCAGCAGCGUGCCGUGUCUCCCCAAUGGAGCUGCCAUUGGGCGGACCAGCUCUCAGGCACUACACCCAGAGCAGACCGAGACCCCACCGGCAAAAACUGAACUACCGUCCCAGCAGACCGCAGGAGACGAUAAUUGAGAGUGAAAAUGAAGUUCUUGAGCACAUGGGGCGAGUGGAUGAAGGCGUGGAGGAGUUCUUUACAAAGAAAGUGCUUCCCACUGAUACGCUGACCAAGCAGGAUGAGGAAACUAUCACACAGCAAGAAGUGGCUCCUGCCAGCGCUGUUGCUCCCUGUCCUCCACCGACAAAAACUCUCAGGAGGAAACUGGGAGAUUUCUUCACCCUCAAGAGGAAGCGAGGUCUGAAGUCAGAGCCGAGUCAGGAGGGUCGCCCCAAAAAAGCCUCCAUCGCCGAUUUCAUCCGACCUCUUAGGGAGGUCGCCAGGUCAGAGAAAGACAAGGAGAAGGAGCGGGUGAAGGAGCACGACAAGGAGAAUGAAAAGGAUAAGGCGAAAGCUCAUCCCAGUGCUGUUACCGGAGAGGCAGCUGUUCAGGAGACGGAGGUUACCGGUGACGCGCCGCUGAGGGGCGAGGCAGCGCCUCCCCGCCGAGCUCUCAGAGAGGGGAAAUCCCAGUCGCUCAUUCUGCUGUCUGGAUCAGCAGCAGCGGCAGGAGCUACCAAUGCCAGAAACACCGCAAAGAAACAGUUUGAAGGCCAGCACAGCUUUGAGCAGAAACUCCAUCUUAUGCUUCAGCGCAUUGGGGUUUCCAAGCCUCCACCAGGAGACACACAGAGUCAAGAAGGAGAAAUGAAAAAGGCUGAAUCUGAAGGUACCAUCAUUGACAAUAAACCUGAGCCACCCUCUACUUUCUCAAAACCUCGGACUAUGUCUGCAUCUUCAGACACCCGGCAUCAAAUUCGGGCGAGUCUGUCGGCACAUGAGGCAGCUGGGAAGCCUGCUCUGCUUCCAAAGCCAGUAAUCAAACCAGCUCCGCCUCCUGCAACAUCAGGCCGCAAUACGCCAGAGAACGAGCUAGCACAGAUCCAGGAAGCAGAGACAAACACGCCCACUAAGCCCAGUCUGGCUGCUGCUCUGUCUGCUCCUACUACCACUUCUUCUUCAGUACCGACAAUCUCUAAUUCAGUCCCUGACUCAGCCAGUGUCACAGUUUCCUCCUCAAGUACUGACACAGAGAUAUGCAUUGACUCAGUGGACUCUGCUGCAGCAACUACAACACCUACCAGCAUUAUAGCCAGUGACAGUAAAACCUCAGUCCCUAAAUCUAGUUCUCCUGUCACUGAAGCACCCACCUCCACAAUAACUAGCAUCUCCACCCAAUUUGAGCCCCCUGGCACAGCCGCACUUACACCCACCCCCUCAGAGUCCACAACCCCAAGUCCUUCAGUCACUUCCACCUCCAAAACAGAAACUACUUCUUCCAUCCCCACCCUGGAAACUGGUUCAGCUCCCUGCCAGCAGAGCCCAGUUUGUAAAACAGCAACAAAUCUACCAACUGAGGCAUCUUCCCUGGAGCCAAAUGGUGCUCUCUCAGCUGCAGGAGGUGAUGUUUCUGUCAGCACCACAGCUUCUUCCUCCACCAGCGUGACAGAUUCAGGCCUACAUACUCCAUCCAGUAGAGCUGUAGCUACCUGUCAUCCUCCUGAUUCUGGUGCAGUUACAACCGCAGAUACACACGGUGUCUCCGUUACUUCAACCUCCCCUGCAACCCCUGCUCCUCUCCCUCCCACGGGUGAUGAAACCCUCAGCCCACCAUCCAGCGACCACAUGGACUCUGCCUCCUCUCCUGCCACCGUCCAGUCAGCCGCUCCCUUUUCUGCUCCCUCCACUUCUUCCAGUGACACGAACCCUACAGACACCGCCUCCACUGCUACCAGUUUAAACCGCGCAGACACCACUUCCACCAGCAGCUCGGCGGGGGCUGCUGCAAUUAGCUCCCCGCACAUAACUGGGUCAGAUCCAGCCUUCACGAUUCCCCCUGACGUAGAGUUAAGUGCCACUCCUCGCUGCUUCAGCAGUCCAGCACCCCCUGACGGUGAGCCACACCAGGAUAAAAAUUUACAGACGCUGCAUGAGGAAAGGAGGGAAGGAGAAGAAGAACCAGGAAAACCUACAACAACAGACACCGCAGUGGAUAAGCCUUCUGAGGAGGUCAAACAGCCCAAAUCAGGUGUUCUUGAUGAGAAGGAGGAAGAUGUUCACGGUGAGAAGAAGAGCGAAAGUAACAGUGACAAACCACUGGUUGACAACGGUGAUGUAACAAGAAAAGAAGUGCAGGAAGAAAGUGUGAGAGCUGAGGAGAAUGCACCCUCUGCACCCGACCCGGGCGCAGAGGGUGAGAGGAGCAGAGACGACACAGUCAAUGAGGCUCAAGAGCAAGAGGAAACAACGUCAGCAGGUGAUAAGUGAAAAAUAACGAAGCCGCUGAACACAGGACCAACAACUGUGACAGACAAGAGAGUCCACAGUGAAAGCUACGAGGGUAAGGAAGGCUGGGGGAGAGAUUAUCAAUGGCACUUCUGACAGGGACCACCACAUUACUGCAGCACACCACUAAGAGUGGGCCACUGGACCAAAGAACUGAGAUCCGCUUGGUGUGAUGUAAUCAACAAAUCCAGCAGUGUCUUUGUCCUUUUUUUAACUUCUGUUGAAAUUUUGCAUUGCACGUAUGAUUAUGUACUAUAAGAAAACUAUUGUGGUAAAAUACAUGAUGUUUACAAAAGACGGAAAAGAGACAUAGCUAUGACUAUUAAAUGGAUUAUUCAGUUCACUGAGUCAUUCCUUAAGCUU